CAAUUCGUUGCCACUUGACAUAUUCUGUCAGUCGUGUUGGUCGUUUGUCAUCGGUUAGCGAAAAAGUGCUUUUGUUUUGUGAAAAUCCAAUUUAUUUGUUUAAUUUUUAGUUUUCCCCACACCUGUUUGUGUGUAAAUUGCUAAAGAAUCCGUAAAAAGUGUUUAAGUGAACGUCGCACUGCAAGAAAAACGCUACAUUCCAGUCGAAAAUAAGUGAAAAAAAUAUUGGGCGAACACACUACAAGAAAGAAAAUGUAAAUUGAUGCGUUGUGAAAAAAAGCGUAGAAAAGGCGAAACAAGUUAAAAGAGUAGGUAAAGGAGUAGUGAACGUGAAUUGCGUGUGCAACCAGAGGAAAAGUAAACGUCAAAAGAAUCACAACUAAAAAGUAACAAAAAGAAAAGAAAAAACAGUGAUAAUCAAAUAAUAGUAAUACAAAAAGCCAUAAAAAAAAGUUUUCCUGUGUUCAACUAUCAACGUACUCUGCACAGUGGCAGAGUCUAGAAGAGGUGAGUAGUGGUGGAGCAUAAGAACGAGUGCAAAAGUGAAGGUGUGGAGCCGUGACAGAUUUUAGCGCGUGUCUGUGCCUAUAUCAAAGUAGAAAUAAUAAUAAACACGGCAGCAAUAGCAACAGCUAGAGCAGUAUUAACAAAAAAACAAAAACAAAAAAGGUUAAAACCAAAAACAACAACAACAAUUGAGUCAACUGAAACAGUGAAUCACAGCUCAAAAUGAAUUCCGAGCACGGAUUUAAUCCAGCCUUUAAUAUGGCGACCAUACGCCAGGCAUUCACGGAGGCCGUCGAACGAGUAAGAAUGCCCACACCCACACGUCUGCGAGAUCUCAUACGGCAAAUACGCGCCGCCAGGACAGCCGCCGAAGAGCGCGCUGUUGUUAACAAAGAAUGUGCCUACAUCCGCAGCACUUUUCGGGAGGAGGAUUCGGUGUGGCGAUGCCGCAACAUUGCCAAGCUGCUCUACAUUCAUAUGCUGGGCUAUCCGGCGCACUUUGGACAGUUGGAAUGCCUAAAACUCACCGCCAGCACACGUUUCACGGACAAACGCAUCGGUUAUUUGGGUGCCAUGCUAUUGCUGGACGAACGUCAGGAUGUGCACUUACUGAUAACGAAUUGCCUCAAAAAUGACUUAAAUAGUUCCACACAAUUUGUGGUGGGUUUGGCGUUGUGCACGCUGGGCGCUAUAGCAUCACCCGAAAUGGCGCGUGAUUUGGCUAGCGAGGUUGAACGUCUCAUGAAAUCGCCCAACACCUACAUACGCAAGAAGGCCACAUUGUGCGCCUUUCGUGUUAUACGACGAGUACCCGAACUGAUGGAGAUCUUCUUACCGGCCACACGUUCGCUGUUAAGCGAGAAGAAUCACGGUAUAUUAAUCACUGGCGUAACGCUGAUCACCGAGAUGUGCGAAAAUAGUGCCGACACUUUAUUGCAUUUCAAAAAGAUUGUACCAAAUUUGGUGCGCAUAUUGAAGAAUCUAAUUUUGGGCGGCUACUCGCCGGAGCACGAUGUCAGCGGUGUGAGCGAUCCAUUUUUGCAAGUGAAAAUUCUACGCUUGUUGCGCAUACUGGGCCACAACGAUGUGGAUGCAUCGGAGGCCAUGAACGACAUAUUGGCACAGGUGGCCACCAAUACCGAGACAAGUAAAAAUGUCGGCAACACUAUACUCUACGAGACAGUGCUCUCCAUCAUGGAUAUACGUUCGGAAGGUGGCCUACGCGUGUUGGCUGUAAAUAUACUGGGUCGCUUUCUACUUAACUCGGACAAGAAUAUACGCUAUGUGGCGUUGAAUACGCUGUUGCGUACCGUGCAUGCCGACACAUCGGCGGUGCAGCGACAUCGCACCACUAUUUUGGAGUGCCUCAAAGAUCCGGAUGUCUCGAUUCGGCGUCGCGCCAUGGAACUCUCGUUUGCGUUAAUCAAUGCACAAAAUAUACGUACAAUGACUAAAGAGUUGUUGCUGUUCCUAGAGAAGGCCGAUCCGGAAUUCAAGGCGCAAUGCAGUUCGGGCAUGAUGUUGGCCGCCGAACGUUAUUCGCCCAAUGCGAGAUGGCAUUUAGACACGCAGUUGAGCGUGUUAAUUGCGGCUGGCAAUUAUGUGCGUGACGAUGUGGUCUCAUCCACUAUACAGCUGGUCUCUAGCAGCCCUGUGGCAGAGCAGACCUACAUAACGAAUCGUUUCUGGGAAUCACUGCAAGUCGCUAAUCACUGCGAAGACAAGCAGCCGCUGCUGCAAGUGGCCGUCUGGGCUAUCGGCGAGUAUGGCGACCUCUUUAUGUACGGUCCCAAUGAAGAUGAAUUUGAACGUCCAUCCGAGAGCGAUUUGAUCGCCAUGUUUCAUAAGUUCUUAACCUCUGCUCAAGUAUCAAUAACCAGCAAGCAAUACGCCUUAGUCUCACUCGCUAAACUAAGCACGCGUCUACAGAACUGUGUCGAAGAAAUUCAGGCAUUGAUUACCUCAUUCGGCAGUCAUCUGAAUGUGGACUUGCAACAGCGUGGCGUUGAAUUUACACAACUAUUUGGCACAUAUAAAAAUUUGCGCCCACCGCUGCUGGAGAAAAUGCCACCAAUGCAGAUCAGUCGCAUCUCGUCGCAAAAUGGCGAGAGCAGCGGUUCUUAUGACGACAACAGUCCGGACUUAAUCGAGAAUGGCUUAGGUAUAGGCGACGAGCAGCUAGGCAAGGAGAGCAAUAUGAAUACGUUGGGCGACAAUACGAACAUAUUGCUCGACCUACUUGGUGGCACCGAUUUGAGCACACCCACCGCCACAGAUUUAUCCAACUCAGUUGCCGUGCAAAAGAAGAAUUCAAAGAACGCUAACGAAACGUCGAAUAAUCAAGCCAUACUCGACCUACUCGAUUUGGAUAUCUCGGCUACCACGACCACGAGCACAUCCGCAAAUAUGAAUAAUGUACUUGGUCUGGACUUGGGUGGCGGCGGUCUGGCGUCAACAAUACCCACCACAGCGGCGACAAAUGGCAAUGAUUUGUCGAGCAUAAUGUCGCUGAGCGGCAAUGGUAUUGGUGGUGUUGGCGCUAUUAGCGGCGUCGGCGUGGGUAUGGGUGUCGGUGGGCUAUUAGGUUCCAACAGUAUUUUAGCGCAGCCCAACACAAUGUCCGGCAAUGCUUUGCUGUCGGAUUUAGCGUCACCAGUUGUGAAUGCAGCGCCACCAAAUAAUAUAGCUGUGCCUCAGGGACCCACUUUAACUGUAUUGAAUAAGAACGAUUUGCUGGUGCAACUCGUGCCGGUUAGAAGAAACGACUGCUUACAAAUAUUUAUGACAACAACAAAUAAUUCAUCAAAUACAUUGGAACAAUACGUCUUUCAGGCCGCAGUUCCUAAAGUAUUCACACUACAAAUGAUAUCGCCUUCUGGUUCGGUACUACCGCCGGGUGGUGUUAUAACGCAAGAAAUGCGUGUUGUUAGUACGUCCAAUGCUAUCCUCCGCAUGAGGUUACGCAUAUCAUAUGCUAUCGACGGACAACCCGUUGUGGAGCAAACAGAAGUUAGCGGAUUUCCUGACACUGCACCCGAAUAGGAAGGAAUCAAAAUAUGUAUAAUUAAAUUUGCAGUAUAAGCACAUAAAAUGUUAAUAGAGCGUUUAAGCAAGAAAAAUAAUGAACGAAACUGAGAAUUAACAAAACAAAAGAAACAAUACCUUUAACCCUCCCUCUGUUCCCUCCUUUAUCCUGCUGAUCCCUUCACAUACAAGUAUACAUGUGUUCUUCAAAAAACAAAAAGCAACUACAACAAC